AUGUCUUGGUCAUUUCGCUCGUGUUUUGUACAGCUUAUCGUGUUGGCGAGUACAAGUCAUGCAUCACCGACAAACAACGAUGAGUGUAAUUGUUACCUCACCAAUGGUUCCAACUCUGCAUAUUAUUUACGACACGACUUUUACGACUUCAGAAAUCUUUCAAAAUAUGCUCAAGUCCCAAGCCCUAUCCGGAAUUCUUCCAGAAAAGCAGGCGUAACAAGUGACUACUUCAAGAGUGACACAUGGGAUAGCACAUGGAAUAUACAAGACUGGAACAAUCGUGGGGGCGGCGGUGUUAGUCUCUCAGGCGAUGCGACCGUUUUCAUGUCCAACUCUCCCAACAACAUCUACAUUCAAGAGAAUGACGAUGACGGUGCGACUUCGGACACGUUCCUCACCAUGCGAACGAUGCGAAUGCCCGGUUUCCAGAGCGCCGCCGAGUUUGAAUCCGUGUCGACGUUUCACUACGUCUCGGUGCGAAUACUCGCUCGUGUCACUGGUAGCGCGGGUGCAUGCAUGGCUCUGUUUACAUACCUAGAGGACGACGAUGAGCUGGCGGAUGUACAAGAGGCCGACAUUGAGAUCCUCACGCGUGAUCCGAAAAACCGGAUCCAGUACACAAAUCAACCCUCGUACACAAAUGACGGCGAUGAAGUUCCCAAAGCAACUCGCAACGGUACAUUACCCAAGGGCCUUGGGUGGGAUGACUGGGUUGUACACCGACUCGACUGGACGCCUGAGCGAUCUGUGUGGUAUGUGCAAGGGCAAGAAGUGGCCAGUAUCGAAUUCCAAACGCCCAAGGAUCCUGCACAGAUCAUUCUCAAUGCUUGGAGUGACGGUGGUUCGUGGAGCGGUAAUAUGAGUCUUGGUGAUUCAGCAUACAUGCAGAUUCAGUGGAUUGAUAUGGUGUACAAUGCCACCAAAGACAAUGAUAAGAGGAGUCUUCACAAUGGAAUGCUGAGGAGGAGUAUUGAAAGAGAAAGUUGUCUGCUUCGUCGAGAAGAUAAUGAUGAUGGAUGUAAAGUCGUCUGCAGUAUCGACGACGUGGACAAGACCGGUGAGGCCAAGGUGCUGUGGAAAAGUGCAGCAUCUCAUACGCUGGUUAUGGAACAUUGGCUGAAGGUAGUUGUCGGAUAUGUGACCUUGAUGGUCAUCUGGUAA